UGCUACUGCAAACGUGCUUGAUUUCAAUAACGGGCAGAUAAAUGACAAAGAGAUAAUGGACUUUUAGGAUAACAAACGCGGGCGAUACUUUCUUCACUUCGUGCCCGUUGCCGUGCUGCUUGCCUAGCUAGGAUGAGAGAGAGAGAGAGAGAGAGAGACAGAGAGAAAGAGGCGCGAAACCUUCCAAGCUGCAAGUUCACACUUGUUUGAAGACAAAGCGUGCCAACAGCAACAUGAUGAACCGUGUCUUGCCUUUGAUCUUUCGUGCCUUAAAACAUAAUUAUUGAAAACAUUUAUUUAUUUUACAGAACGAUUUAUUAUUUUAAUUUGUGUGAAUCCUUUUCUCGCGCUCAUUCUUUCGGUUUCCGUAUUUCCGCCAUGUUGCCAGCUUGUAAGCAAGCCGACAUCCGAGCUGAGCGCUAGCACCUGUUGUUAUUUACCCAUUUUUUCCCCCCAUGUGUGAUUUAUCGUUUUGCACAGAGUUUGGAAACGCCCACUCAGUCGUCUGCUAGUACUGUAGAACUUUCCCAGUUCUCCUAUAUGUUCCUUAUUUGUUUGACUGGGCUCUUUAGUGUUUUUCUCUCUAUUCCGGUGUCACUAUGGCUGGUUUUUCGGUUGAGUUCGGUAUGAGAGAUGGUACAUUUUAUGUGCACUCAGAUGAAGGCUUCAGCUACCACCAAAACCGUGUUAUGCGAGGAGGGCGGCUCUCUCUGAGAUGCAUACACUAUGCGAAGAGGAGGUGCAGAGGGCGUGCCAGUGUAGAUCCAGAGGGGAGAGAUUUCCACCCAGGAGUGCAUCGUCAUAAUCAUGACAGGGACUGGAACAUCAAACAUGUCAGAAGGUUCCGUUCAUUUGUACUUCAGGAAUGCAGAAAACGUGAAAAUGGAAAUGAGUCUCUGAGAGAAAUAUACCACAGAGUGCGACGAGAUUUGAGGUGUCCAAGACAAUCCAUCAUCUCACUCCAUUUCACCAAAUUGAGGCCUUCCAUGGACAGAGCGAGAAGCACCCUACUCCCAAAUAUUCCCCAUACGUUGAGUGAGCUGGCUGAUAUUUUAGAGCAAGACCAGUACGAGUUUCUCACCAAGACUCUGGAUGAAGAAGAUAAUAUUUAUCUUGGGAAAUUUGGUCAGUCUUCUACACGCACAAGAGUCCUGAUAUUUGCCUCACAUCGAGCCAUUCAAUAUCUGAACAGUGGACAAGUCCAUACUGCAUUCAGUGAUGGCACUUUUUCAACUGUGCCAGCAGCUCUGAAGGGACAAUGUGCACAAAUCUGGUCCAUAAUUGCUAUUCGGCGACAUCAUGUUCUACCUCUGGUAAGAGUUUUGAUGCAGUCUAAAACGCAACCAUGCUAUGAGGCUGCGUUGAGAGCACUGAAGGAUGUAGCACCUAAUUUCCGUCCUCAAAAAGUUAUGGCUGACUUUGAAAUGGCCCAGGCUAAUGCAUGGGAAGCGGUGUUUCCAAAUGUGGACCUGGAUGGAUGUCUUUUUCAUAGCAGCAAAGAUAUUGCUGGAAAGGCCAAGGAAAUGGGGUUGACAGUUCUCAUUCGGGAUAAUGAAGAUGUUGACAGUCUGGUACGGAGGCUCUGUGCGCUUGCUUUGCUUCCAUAUGGGCAUGCUGGAGAACCAAUCUUUGAAGGACUGGCAAGUGUAGCUGCAAGUGCUGUGGACCUUGGUUUCUGGCCUGAUCUCGAAAAUUUAUUUACUUAUGUUUCUUCUACUUGGCUGAUACCAUCUAGAUUAAGGAUGUUUUCAGUGUACAGAUGUCCACACCGAACAAAUAAUGGAUGCGAAAGUUCUAACGCAGCUCUGAGAAGAGAAUUUAAGACUGAUCAUCCUGUGACAUGGGUAUUCCUUUAUGCACUCAAUAACCUUGAGGACAUAACAGCCUUUGACAUAGAAGUUUUAGAUGGGGGCUUUGAUGCUAGCUCUGCCAGAAGAACCAGUGCUUUAGCCAAUGAUGCUGCUUUGAGAGGUCAUUAUGCUGACUUGGAUGAGGGCAAUAUUGAUGUCAACACCUUCCUAAUAAGGGCCUCACGAAGACUGCAAAACGUUUACGACAUGAUUUUGCACUUGUGAAGUAACUUUAUCUUUCUUAUGUGGCAUUGCUGCAUAUGUAACUGCCUAGAAUACAUUUUUAAAAUGGAAAUAUGGUUUAAACCAAAUUAUUGAGUUACUUCAUAAAUUAUUUGCACCACAGUAUAAUACAUUCUUGAAAUGAUAUUCUCAAAAGUCAAAUUACCUCAGGUAUUAACUUUUCAUGUAUCCUCAGGUUUGUUCGGAUUGUAUCCUCAUCUUUACUCCCCUAAAUUUUUUGUUAUUAGAAU